AUGCCCGGGAGCGACUCGCUCGCGCUCCCCCUCUCCCUCCCCCUCGACGACGCGCGCGACCCCCCCGCGCCUGAACCCGCUUCCCCCGCCGCCGUGCUCUACCUCGUGUCCGUUUCCGCCGACUGGCGCGGAAUCUCCGUGCCCUUCUCCCCCUCCGUCACCUCCGCCGCCGCCGCCGCCGCCGCCGCCCGCCCCGUGUCCUCUUCCUCGCCCUCGUUUGCUCUCCUUGAGUCCCUAUCUCUCAUUCUCCACUUCCCUUCACUUGUCGGCGUGUUUCUUUCUGCUCGUCCCAUCCGUGUUUCCCAUCCGUCUUUCUGCACAGGAGCUCCUUGCGUGGUUCAAGCCUGUCCGCCUUGCGUUCGCCUGUCCGCGCACGAGAGUACAUCCGGCGGUCCCCCCGCCGCGCUUGCGCCCGCGCUCUCCGCCGCCACCGCGCUGGCCUCCCCGAGCUGCCGGUCCCCGUUCCGCCCUCCGCAUCUCACCACCCCCAUCGCCUCCGCCUUCCCCCGGGGCUCCUCCCUUCCGCCCACGCCCACGCCCGCAACCCCCUCCCCCGCCUCCAACACCCCGCAAUCCCGCCGCCUGCUUCCCCACCUGUCCGUUCCGCGCGAGAGCACGCAUGCGCCCUCCCUCGCGCCGCCCUGCCCUGAUGACGUGGAGGCUGUGAGCGUCGCGGCUGUGCUGCCGUGUGACGUCAGCAGCAGAUUUGGCGCUUGCGGAUGGGCGGCGCAGGGGCAAAGCAGUAACGGGUAUGGCGGGAGCAGCAACGCGGAAGAGAGCUGCUUUGGGGAUAAGCACGGGAUGGUGCGGUCGUCAACAACAGGGCAGGUGGCGGAAUGGGGCGGGGGGAACGCGGGAGGCGAGCUUGUGGGGAUCGCGGAAGCGGUUGCAGGACUGGCAGCAGCGGGAUCAGCGGGAUUCGCGGGAUCCGCGGGGUUUAUGGCAGGGGGAGGAGCGCGCGUUAUGAGGAGGAGCUGUAGUGACGAUGAUGGCAUGCGCGGGCAUGCGCGCAGUAGCAAGGGGGGACCCCUGUGGGGAAGCGCGGGCAGCGCGGAGGAGCGGGGGGCGGGGGAGGCGCUGGAGGCGGAAGGGGAAAACGCCUACAGCUGUAGCAGCAGCAGUGGUAGCAGUGCGGGAUGGGAUCCGGAGAGUGGUGUGGAGGAGAGCAGUGGGAAUGGUCUCAGAACGAUGUCUCUGCCCGCGGCAAGAAGGCUCCCUUCCGUUCCUGUGGAAGAGCACGAGCAGGAGUUCCCAAGGGAGCUACUGCAGCAGCAGGCCCCCCACACCGGGACUCUACCACCCCAUGCGCCUCACUCCCCCCGCGCUCCCCACACCCACCACGCCGACGGCGCCGAUUAUGGCAACCAUGCCAGUUUUAGCAACCUCGCCCACCACGCGCUCUACCCUGCGUGUCGCGGCCCCGACUGCCAGCACACUUCGUGCGACGCUAUGCCUAUCGGCUCACCAGCAGAUUGCCUUAACUGGAAAGGUCAGCAGCAUCUUUAA